CCAGGUUUAUAUUCUUUCUCAUGUUGUUUGCAGUGAGGCGAUGGCCAAUCCACGAUAUUCCCAUUGUGGACGCUUAUGGCUAGUUCCGUGUGAGUGCCACGUAAGAGGUGUGGUGUAGCUCCUUUGGGUGCGGAGAAUACGGAAAUAAAUGGACAAUAUUCAAAGAUAUCCGGUAACAUACCAGGCCGUUUUUCCUUGGCAAAAAACGGACUGGGAACGAGGCCAGAAUACCCUAUCACUGCCAAAGUUAGCCACUGGAUAUAGGAAGAGUUCAUCAAGACUUUGUGACGUG